AUGGCAAAAGCUCGUUCCGCUGCAUAUCAGGUGCACAGUAUUCCAAUACACUAUGAGGCUUGCAAUAGAUGCGCACAUUGUACUAUUCACAUCAACUUUCGGCUUUUUGAACAAAGUGAACAGCUAAAGCAGACACAUCUCAUAACCCAUUAUCAUAUCUCCACCAAAAUCCUUCAACCGCCCUACUCCUUGCCUAACGCAUGUCAUAUAACAGCGAUCGCGCCCAUCACCACCAUCCCCAGACCGACAGCGGCCGCCAACGGCACUCCAGAAUGCCCUGCCAGACUCUUCUUCGAACCUGUCGCCACACCCAUGCUUGUCACCGCCGCAAGUGUCGCUGGGGUGGCGGUCGAGGACGUUGGAGAGGACGAGACGACAUGA